AUUCGAUAGAAAAAAAAUAAUGGACGAGAAAAAUGAAGAUUCAAUCGGGUACGCCUUCAAGGGCAAGAUCAUGAUCUCAUCCAUCACCAUUCUCUUCUCCGCCUGCUUCGCCAUCGUCGCAUUCCACGUCUGCCGCCGCCGCCGCUCCGAUCACCAUCUCCAACCCGUCCCCUCUCCACCACCACCACCCGCCGCCGUGAGCUCGCUCCCCACCUUCCUCUACAAAUCGAAAAUUCAAGAAUCUCCGCCGGAAUGCGCCGUGUGCUUGUCGGAGUUCGAGGAUGGAGAAACGGGUCGGAUCCUACCCGAAUGCAAGCACUCUUUCCAUGCUGAUUGCAUUGACGCGUGGCUCCGAUCUCACCCGCAAUGCCCGAUUUGCCGAACCUGGGUCACGGGUCAACCCGAUUGCGGCGUGGUCUCGAUACGAGUAGAAGAGGGCUUGGUUCGCGAGUUUGCUUCCGGGUUGAGUCCGGAUGUGGAUCAGAGUUUGGUUCGGACGUUGGAUCAGGAUCCGGAUGGAUCAAUUAUGGUUGUAAAAUAGUACUCCAUCGGUCUCAGAUGUCACAUUUUCUUU